UUUAUAGUUUUGUCCUACUUUGUCUUCGACGUGUUUUGCGGGGAAAUCACGCCUCGGUCUCAAGUUAAAAAGUCUUCAUUGAGGAAAAAUCCAAUAGGCUGAUUAAGUUUACAGCUAGUUCUUAAAGGACUAGAUAAAUGAGAACGUGAGGCAUUUCAAACUGGGAACUGGAUGCGAACAGCACUGGAUCUUAUUCGUGGUGUUUGUCAUACGUUUUGUGAACCGGAAUCCAAUAGACACAUUUGCUGUCUUUCUAGAAAAUGAUGACACAAGCUUUAAUCAAAGUUAUGGCCUUUGUCGUCUGCAUUCGCCUUAAAUACGUCACGGCCCAGCCUAUUUCAGACAGUAAUGAUGAUAAAACCGACGAUUUUGAAAUGGGAGAACCCCUCACCGAUGAAGAAUUCAAUAGCGACAUUUUCAACAAAGUUGAAGCUGACGGUUUAGACCAUGAAACAGAAGAGUCUAUUGCAUGGGAUAAACAAGAUCCCGAACUGUUCGGUGGUGAUAUUAUGCUAACGGGGCGUAAACAUGGUAUCUUGACUUCCGGGGAACGUUGGCUGGAUGCGACAAUUCCUUACGUAAUAUCAUCAAGUUACACACCGAGACAACGUGAAAUAAUUGCGUCAGCCAUCAAUGCUUUUCAUAACAAUACGUGUAUUCGGUUUAUCCGUCGAACCACCGAGAAGAAUUACAUCAGAAUCACAAAGACUGGACAAGGUUGCUGGAGUGACGUGGGAAAGAUUGGACAAAGACAAACUGUGAGUUUGGACGACCGAUGCAUUUUAAGAACUAUACCAGGACUCAUCAUUCACGAGUUGAUGCACACGCUCGGAUUCUAUCACGAACAUCAGCGGCCAGAUCGUGACAAUUACGUGUUCAUCAAUUUCAAAAAUGUUGAACCAAAAAACAGAGGUUACUUUCAAAAGAUGAACAGGUGGGAUUUAUUAACCGUCAGAUAUUCCUACGACUACGGUUCUGUUAUGCAUUACCCUUCGAAUGCCUUUGCCAAAGAUCCUAGAAUUCGAGUUAUUACACGGCUCCAAGGACCACCAUUUAUAGCAAACCGGAAAGCAUUUAGCCCGGUGGAUAUUGUGAAAUUGAACAGCGUGUACUGUAAUUCUCCGAAUUAAUCGUCUGCUGUGGCAAAUCAUUUUUCAAGUGUUGAAGUUUGGGUAACGCGAUUGAAUUCGUUAAGAUAUUUAAUGUUCCUAUACUUUUAUCAUUAAAAAGUUAUAUCUGUUCUAUUUUUUAAAUGCUACAAAUACCUAUCCCUGUCUUCUUUCUGAUCUGACCUUGUAAUUUUUUCAUUUUCGAUAACCAAAAUGUGGAGUUAUGGUAAGAAAAUUACGUAAAAAAGGUCACUGUUUUCGAUCCCUUUCUCCUUUCGUCAACGAUUGGUUCCCUGUUGAAUCGUUGACCUAGGGCUUAUAUUGGGGAAAAACUUCACGAAAUUGAUCAGUCUUUGAGCCUUUGCUAUGUGUGAAUGUUCAGUUCUUAGGAAUAAUAAUGGCGGGUGCAUUUCGGUCGUGCUCGCCAUGGACGAUUUGACAUUACAUCUUUCACGGUUUA